CCGGUAGGAGCGAGCAUGUCUUUUCGAGGCAGAGGUCGUGGAGGCUUUCAUAGAGGUGGUGGAGGUGGCGGCUUUAAUCGCGGCGGCAGCAGCAACAACAAUCACUUCCGAGGUGGAGGCGGCGGUAAUUUCCGAGGCGGCGGCGUAUUAGGAGAGUUCCUGCAUCCCUGUGAAGAUGACAUAGUUUGUAAAUGUACCACAGAUGAAAAUAAGGUGCCUUAUUUCAAUGCUCCAGUUUAUUUAGAAAACAAAGAACAAAUUGGAAAAGUGGAUGAAAUAUUUGGACAACUUAGAGAUUUUUAUUUUUCAGUUAAAUUGUCAGAAAACAUGAAGGCAUCUUCCUUUAAAAAACUGCAGAAGUUUUAUAUAGACCCAUACAAGCUGCUGCCACUGCAGAGGUUUUUACCUCGACCUCCAGGUGAGAAGGGACCUCCAAGAGGCGGUGGCAGGGGCGGUCGAGGAGGAGGCAGAGGAGGAGUUGGCAGAGGUGGUAGAGGCGGUGGUUUUAGAGGUGCAAGAGGAGAAGGAGGUAGAGGUGGGGGCUUCAGAGGAGGGAGAGGAGGCGGCGGUGGUUUCAGAGGGAGAGGACAUUAAGUGUAACAGUUGACAGAAACUUCUCCAGCUGAUUUCUGCGUUAACCUGCGUGAUCUACUUCUAUGGAUCAGAAACUUGUUUCUUGAGCAAGUCUUGAAGAACUAUGGCAGUGGCACUUACAUGUCAACAUCAUACAGACAGUGCAACAGAAUAGGCAGUUUUGCUCUAAAAGUGUAUUAACAAGUGUUCUCAUGUUUUAUAUAAUUCUUGAAACUGUGAUUGCUUAAUAAAUGGACAGUUUUCAUUUGCAGCAUAUAUGAAUUUUUAAAAUAAAGUGUUUUAUUCCUUUAAAAAAAAAAAA